CGCGGUGCAUUGUGGUCAGAGUAGGAAGAUGGCGGCGCCCGUAGCGCGAGCCUUGUUAGGGGUGGCGCGGAGCCGGUGGCGACUGGAGGGGCUUCCGACUGGUACCUUGAGUAUUCGCAGUCUGACCCUUGCGGCCGCACCUUCGAAUAGUGGGUCCCCAUGGCGCCUGUUGGGCGCUUUGUGUCUGCAGCGGCCACCGAUAAUCUCGAAGCCGCUGAACCCGUUGCAGGAAGAUAUGGCAGCUCUAUUCAAGCAGAUCGAGUUAGAGAGAAGCCUGUAUUCAGACCAUGAGGUUCGUGCUUUGGAUGAAGCCCAGAGACUGGCAAGGAAGAAAACCGACCUCUAUGGUGAAGAAGAUGACAAGGAGAUAUUGCUGUUGCAGGAUACUGAAGAUAUGUGGGAACAGACAUUCCUACAGUUCAAACCUGGAGCUCGCAUAACAGAAGCUGAUAAGAAGAAUGACCGAACCUCACUGCACCGGAAGCUAGACAGGAGCCUCAUCCUGUUGGUCAGAGAGAAGCUUGGAGACCAGGAUUUUUGGAUGCUGCCCCAGACGGAGUGGCAGCCUGGGGAGACCCUCAGGGCAACAGCUGAGCGAACCCUGGCCACACUCUCCGAAAACAACAUUGAAGCCAAGUUCCUAGGAAAUGCACCCUGUGGCCACUACAAGUUCAAGUUUCCCCAGGCAAUGCGGACAGAGAGUAACCUCGGAGCCAAAGUGUUCUUCUUCAAAGCACUGCUACAAACUGGAGACUUUUCCCAGCCCAGGAAGAAGGGCCAGCAUGUGUGGGUCAGUAAGGAGGAGCUGGGUGACUACUUGAUACCAAAAUAUCUGGCCCAGGUUAGGAAAUUUUUCUUGGACCUCUGAUGGACUGAGCUGCCUGUGGACAAUCUCAGAGACAUCUAGGACUGAGCCUCAAGGCCAUUUGUGUGGUUGACCCAUCUUUGCAGUGAAUGUUAGGCAGCAAACUAAAUUGUGAGAAAAUAAACGAGUUUACCACU